GCUAUGAGUCCAAGAUUUAAAGUGCCAUUUAAUUUUGGGAAGGAGCACAUCAACUCCCCAGUACAUGGUAAUCUUGCUCUGAAACUAAAAGAUGGACAGGAAAUCAGAACUAACUCCAUGAUUAUGUCUCUUAAUAGUCCUGUUAUUGAUGAUCUUACUACCAACUUGUUUCAGUCUACCCUUGAAAUGGAGGAUUUCACAAAGCCAGCUGUAGACUGUUUUGUAGAUGCAAUGUAUACCGGUGAGGUGGAGAAACUAGAGAUAGGAAUAUUUGAAGAAGUAAACAAAAUGGCUCACGUAUUUGAUGUUAGCUGGCUUGUUAAAAGAUGUCUGAAGUACUUUAAAACAGAUGUCCUGAAAUUCGAGAAUAUAUCAUACGAUAAUAUUCUGUUUGCCUGUGAGAUAGCCAGUCGAGCGCAGCACAAUCUAAAACAGAGCAAGUUUGUGAGCUGCUUUGUAAAGAAUGUUACUUUCGGUGAGAUUGGCAAGUCUACGUUUAUACAAAGAUAUAUGGCUGGUUUUGCUGAGCUACCAAAACGUCGUAUAGACAUGUCUCUAGCUAUAGCUGGUAAUGAUUUCAGUAUCAUCAGGUAGUACCUUUCAGCUUAUCUCUCCUUAACCUUGAGAUGCAAAGGAUUUGAUGAAAAUUCUCUGUACUUGCUGCAAAAACUUGAUGUCCAGAAAUUCAGCCUGUACUUUUCCCUCUGAAUUCAACGAGUUGGCUAACUUCCUAGCUGAAAUCUCUAAAGACUCUGAAAGUGCUGAAGUUAAAGCUGUUGUUGAAAGAUUUGUUAAAGUGAGGAGUAUCGGAGGUUCAAGUAGCUCUAAAGAAGAGCUAAAAGAAGAUGAGAUUACUGAAGAUUUAGAAGAUAGCGAUGAUGAUUAUUUGUGUAAAGACGUGGCUUUACAAACUGACGAAAUUAAAUCAGGUUGGAUACAGACUGUAAGUAGGACAAAGUACCCCCUGUUACCAGACGAACCAGUACAGUUGAUAACAACAGAUAAUGAGUUACA